UGCCUCCCCCCCAACUGUAAUGUUUUCCCUCUCACCGGCUUGAAAGAGAAGAGAACCGAAAACACCUGUAAUUUCAAUGAACUAAAUCACUGCGCGCGUACUGUAACGUGUGUUGUGGCGGGUGAAGUUUUGCAAGAAUUUGAACGAAUUCUGGUGGUGAGUGAGUGAACGCACACAUAGCCACCUGACCUGUAUAGUAAGUAACGUUAGCUAGCUAGCUAACGGUAGCUGCUUAUGCUGGAACAGCCAUGUAGUGGUGCCGGAGCCUCUGCUGCCCGAGCAUGAUACAGAUCAGUCUGUCUUGGGCUACUCAGUGACAAGUUGUUGACAAUGACAGCUUUGAGUGGGUGAUAUGUUUUGUUUGAACUAUCAUCUGUCAUUCUUGAGAAGAGACCGACAUGAGUUACUCUGCCUUUUUCCCCCAAUAAGGGGCACAUAAUAAGUGAUCCUGCAAGGGGCAGGGAUAGUUUCAUCACCAACAUAAAAAAGCAUACGAAAGGAGGAGUUUCUGUGAUUUAGACUGGCUUCAGCUCUCCUAUUGGUUGAGGGCAGGCCUUGUUUAUACUGUAUGGAAUGUGGUAUAGAAAGGUUGGAGAGUAGUCCUUUUUUAAACGAGAUGGGCUUGAUAGACGUGGCUGCAUAACAGACAAACAGGACUUGGAGGAUAAUCAAGUAUUACUCUGUUGGAAGUGCGGGUCAGUUGACCAUGCUGCUACAGAGGCUGUCUCUGUGUGCUGGGCACCAUCAAAGCACCAUCAUCUGCCCUCGUCUUGCUAAACCACUGACACAAGGCAAGUGGGACUGGCAAACAUGCAUACAUUCACAUACCCACACACACAUAGUACAGGCCUACAUGCAUACAUACAGUAGGCUACACCAGUCAUUGAGGAGCGGUAUAGAUAUCUAUGUAGGAUACAUUUAGAAAAUAGUAGGCUAUUAUUCCAGUGAUUUUCAAUAGUUUCUGUAGCUUGAGAUUUUAGUAAUGUCAUGAUAACUGCAUAGCAUAUGUAAGUCUUAAUAUGGGACCACAAGCCAGUGAUGUAUUUGUUUGGUUUCUUCCCUCAAGCAAGAAGGAUAGCCUAGUUCCCUAAAUUGAUCAAGUCCUAAUCGUUUAAUGCUAUCAUCUUGCAUACCUGUGCAUACUUGUUUAUCCUCCUGGUGCAGGAUAAACAAGAUUGAUUGCAUCAAGAUAAUGGAGGCCUAUCCCUUUCUGGCCAUCCUCUCUCUUUGUUUCUGUUACCCCAGACUUUGACUCUCACACUCACUCACGCACGCGGUUGACUGCACUUUAGUGGAGAGAUGUGUGCAGUCAGCGAUGGCUUUGCCGGUUGCCGUGCUGAUGUGGCCGUUUGCACCCUGCGUUUUUCAUCUCCGUGGAUACCAGGGAAUUUAGGAGGGGGGUGAGGGGGACCCGGCUGCUCUGUUUGUCUAACGCUUUAUAUAAUCAAUGAUGGAACAAAACCGAACCCGGCACACACACACUUACCACACGAUCUUACUGGUAGGAGAUGUACUGAUGUGUGUGUGCGCAAAUGCUGGUUAGGCACAGUGUUUAUGAACAUUGCCUCAAGUUAACCAAGGGAGGCAAUAAGGAUACAUUUUAUUAAGCGCUCGACCAGUGCUUCAGAUUGGCACCACCAUAAGGCAGGGUAGUAACUUGUAUUCUUUCAGUGUCCCUUGCGCGUGCCAACGGAAACUCCUUUGCUCAUCGUGGGGAGCUCCGCCAGGCCAAGAGGAUUGUGGUCAAACUGGGAAGCGCCGUGGUAACCCGGGGUGACGAGUGCGGCCUGGCGCUGGGCAGGCUGGCCUCCGUUGUGGAGCAGGUGGCCAUGCUACAGAACCAGGGCAGAGAGAUGAUGAUCGUCACCAGCGGGGCGGUGGCCUUCGGCAAGCAGAGACUGAGGCACGAGAUCCUGCUGUCCCAGAGUGUCAGACAGGCCCUGCACUCUGGACAGAACCAGCUCAAAGACAUGUCAGUACCAGUUCUGGAGGCUCGGGCCUGUGCGGCAGCCGGACAGAGUGGCCUAAUGGCCCUGUAUGAGGCCAUGUUCACGCAGUACAGCACAUGCACUGCACAGGUCCUGGUCACCAACUUGGACUUCCACGACGACCAGAAGCGGCAGAACCUAAACAGCACAUUGCAGGAGCUGCUCCGCAUGAACAUUGUGCCAAUCAUCAACACCAACGAUGCCGUGGUGCCCCCGCCCGAGCCCAACAGCGACCUCCAGGGGGUAAACGUCAUCAGUAUAAAGGACAAUGACAGUCUGGCUGCACGCCUGGCUGUGGAGAUGAAGGCAGACCUGCUCAUCGCUCUCUCUGACGUAGAAGGACUGUACGACAGCCCUCCUGGAUCGGAUGACGCCAAACUCAUUGACAUCUUCUACCCUGGCGACCAGCAGUCGAUCACCUAUGGGGCAAAAUCCAGGGUGGGUUUAGGAGGCAUGGAGGCAAAGGUAAAGGCUGCCCUGUGGGCCUUACAGGGGGGCACGUCAGUGGUCAUCGCCAACGGCACCCACCCCAAGGUGACGGGCCACGUGAUCACUGACAUCGUGGAGGGCAAGAAAGUGGGCACCUUCUUCUCCGAGGUCAAACCUGCCGGCCCCACCGUGGAGCAGCAGACUGAGAUGGCCCGGAACUCCGGCAGAACCCUGGCAGCCCUGCACCCGGACCAGAGAGGCGCGAUCAUCUGUCACCUGGCAGACCUGCUGGUUGAGAAGAAGGAGGAGAUCCUUGCUGCCAACAAGACGGACAUGGACCUAGCAGCCAAUGCGGGCCAGUUGUCGUCAGCCCUGCUCAAUCGUCUGAGCCUUUCCCCGGCCAAGCUGAAUAGCCUGGCUAUAGGGCUGAGACAGAUAGCCGUGGCCUCUCAGGACAGCGUGGGCAGAGUGCUGCGUAGGACCAGGGUAGCCCACAACUUAGAGCUGGAGCAGAUCACUGUGCCCAUAGGAGUACUGCUGGUCAUCUUCGAGGCCCGCCCGGACUGCUUACCGCAGGUAUCAGCUCUAGCCAUAGCCAGCGGUAAUGCUCUGCUGGCAAAGGGGGGUAAGGAAGCAGCCAACACCAACCGCGUCUUACAUGAGCUGACCCAGGAAGCACUGGACAUCCACGGGGUCAAAGAGGCUGUACAGCUGGUGAGUACCCGUGAGGAGGUGGAGGACCUGUGUAGACUAGAUAAGAUGAUAGACCUGAUCAUCCCGCGAGGCUCGUCUCAGCUGGUCAGGAACAUCCAGAGAGCAGCCAAGAGCAUCCCAGUGCUGGGCCACAGUGAGGGCAUCUGCCACGUCUACGUCGACUCGGAGGCCGCCAUCGACAAGGUCAUCAAGAUCGUCAGAGACUCUAAAUGUGACUACCCUGCGGCCUGCAAUGCUAUGGAAACACUGUUGAUGCACAGGGAUAUCCUCAGGACCACUCUGUUUGACCAGAUCAUAGACAUGCUCCGCACCGAACGGGUAAAGAUCCACGCUGGCCCCAGGUUCGCCUCCUACCUGACCUUUAGCCCAUCGGAGGUCAAGUCUCUGAGGACAGAAUACGGGGAUCUGGAGUGCUGCAUCGAGGUGGUGGACAGCAUGCAGGAGGCUAUAGACCAUAUCCACAGAUAUGGCAGCUCCCACACCGACGUCAUUGUUACUGAAAACGAGGACACAGCGGAGCAGUUCCUGCAGCAGCUGGACAGUGCUUGUGUGUUUUGGAAUGCCAGUUCACGAUUCGCAGAUGGAUACCGCUUCGGAUUGGGUGCUGAGGUGGGCAUCAGUACAGCUCGUAUCCAUGCCCGGGGCCCCGUGGGCCUUGAGGGUCUCCUCACCACCAAGUGGGUUCUGAGAGGAGACGGUCACACCGCAGCAGACUUUUCUGAACACGGCACCUUGAAGUACCUCCACGAGAACCUACCAGUCACACAGCCACAGCCAAGACAGAUGGUUGCCCAGCGUGAGGACUGACAGAGGACCUCCAAAUAAGAGACACGCUCAACCACUUCCUCAAGAGCAAAGCUAUCCCCUGGUACCAAAAAAACACUCCCAUUGUCUUAUUCAUUCACUCUGGAUCAGAGUUUACAUCGAUUUUUAAUUCUACCUCGGCUCUCAAAAGUUUAACUGCGGUGUUUACCUCACUCAGUAUUCCAGUCCCUGCUUGUUCAUGGGCCCUGCCUGUGACCAAGCAGUGAAUACACUCAUUAUUGGUAACAUUGACCCUGUUGGACUGUAGAAGGUCUCACAUCCUUGGUUCAGGCUUUAAUUGGUCUAGAAGAUAUUAUACGCAAUAGGGAUGAGUUAUACGCUCUCCAGGACGCACACCUAAUGGGAAUUGUUGCUCAAGAUAGUUUACAUCAGCGUUAUUAUCACUAUCAAGAGGUUUCCCCCUUGGUUUUAGUUCCUUUUGAUUGGUCUGUUGUGCUGUACACUUAUGAAUGGCUGCUCAAUCAGGUCCGACCCUUACCCUGAAAGUAUUGAUUUGGUCUCACACAAGAGACUAUAUCGUUUACAUUUACUCUAAUUAGAAGUGAUACAAGUGCACAACCAAACCAGUUUUUAUGCUAGGUUUACGGCUAAACCUAAUUUGGGGAAGGUACUGAUGUGUCAUUUUAUAUAGUGCUUGAAGUAUAGGUCUUCAUGGCCAAAAUUUUUAUGAAUUGCUAUUAACACUACUACUGCAAUCCUUAUUUAUAUGCGGUUAAAUGACUAGUGAUGAACCACUGGAUAAACAAUAUUUAAGUCUUAAAUGUCUUUUGUCAUAACAAUAUGAGAUUGAUGAAUAAGAAAUUGACCCGAUCUGAUUCGUAAGCCUUCAAGUUAGAUUUUAUAUAUAAGACUUUAUGUUCUUCUUUUGAAUGCAAAUGAUUUACUCUCCUGCUUUUGCUUUUUUUCAUGCCGUCUAUUAAUGUGGAAUUUACAGUGCCCAGAGCCUCUGUCAAACACAAGAGCAGUAAUUGACAAGCUGCUUCCCAUCUCAUCCAAGGGACUACUGCCUUAAGAUACAGUGCCGCUGUAACAUUCCAGCCUAUGAGCUUUAUAUCUGAUGUCAAGUAACGCACUCUACAGAUCAGUUCAGGUUUUUUGUAAUUCAUAGACCGUCUUGUAGAAUAAAACUUUUUGUUGAA